GUCCCCCCACCAUGAGCCUCCCCUCCAGCGCCUCUCCGGCGUCCCGGGACUCCAGUGUUUUCUUCAACGAAACGACGGCGUCCUGCGUCAAAGACCCUCUCGAGUCCUUCGUCGUCAACGUCGGGGGGAGUCGCCACGUGCUGUCCCGGGACCUGCUGGCGUCCCAUCCGGAGACCCGCCUGGGGAGACUGGCGUGCUGCAGCCGGGACGCGGCGCUGGAGCUCUGCGACGACGCCGACUUCCUGGAGAACGAGUUCUUCUUCGACCGAAGUUCCCAGACCUUCCAGUAUGUGAUGAACUUCUACCGGACGGGUCACCUGCAUGUGAAGGAGGAGUUGUGCGAGAUCUCCUUCCUGCAGGAGAUCGAAUACUGGGGCAUCGACGAGCUUCGCAUCAACCCCUGCUGCCGCGAGCGCUACUACCGCCGCAAGGAGCAGAAGGUGAACCUGGACGUGAGGCGGGACUACGAGCCCGAGGACCACGAUGAGGACUUCGCGGGUGCUGCUUGCCCGGCUCUCCGGCGUUGCCUGUGGGAUCUGCUUGAGAAACCGGACUCAUCCCGCGCCGCUCGCACCUUCGGCUCGCUCUCGGUCUCCUUCGUGGUGGUGUCGGUCAUCAACAUGGUGCUCAUCUCGUUAGACUUAGGGGAGGACUUCGGCGUGAGAGACGUCGGCGUCGGCGCACCGCUGAUGUUCGACGCCAUGGAGUACGUGUGCGUGGUGUGGUUCACGGGAGAGUUGGCACUUCGGUUUCUCUGCGUGAGGGACAAGUGUCGCUUCAGUCGAAGCAUUCCCAACGUGAUCGACCUGCUGGCCAUCCUGCCGUUCUACGUGACGCUGGCGGUGGAGAGCCUCCACGGAGGAUCCACGGAGCUGGAGAACAUGGGCCGCGUGGUGCAGGUCCUCCGACUCCUCAGGUCGCUGCGGAUGUUGAAGCUGGGACGACACUCGACAGGCCUGAAGUCUCUGGGUUUGACCAUCGCCGAGUGCUACGAGGAGGUCGGCCUGCUACUCCUCUUCCUCGGCGUCGGCAUUUCCAUCUUCGCCACCGUGGUGUUCACCUUGGAGCGCGACCUUCCCGCCACCACGUUCACCAGCGUGCCGGCGGCGUGGUGGUGGGCGACCACCUCCAUGACGACGGUCGGCUACGGGGACAUCCGGCCCGACACGGCCGCGGGGAAGGUGCUGGGCUUCCUGUGCAUCCUGUCCGGGAUCCUGAUCCUGGCGCUGCCCAUCGCCAUCAUCAACGAGCGCUUCUCCGCCUGCUACCUCACCAUGAGGGUGAAGGACGCGGCGGCGAGGCAGAGCGAGAUGCUGAGGAGGCUGGCCCGCGGCUCGGUGGGGGGGAUGGGCGAGGGAAGGGCGGGAGGAGGCGUUAAUCUGAGGGACGCCUACGCCCGGAGCAUCCUGGAGAUGUUGAGGCUGCAUGCCCACAAAAGGGUGAGCACCCGGAGCAGCGGAGGAGAGGAACUGUGGUGGUAAAACCAGGAGAAUCCUAGUGAUGGCUCUGCAAAUUACAACCACACAAGAGUCAGUGGGUCUGACUCCCUCGCUGCUGUAAGAGCGGAUGUUUCCGGCCUCUCCAAACUAGUCUCACCUGGUGUAAACCGGUUCAAACACAGCAGUGGAAUCCCCUAAUAUUGAUAAAUCCACAGUAUAAAGAGAAGAACAUAAUCCCUCUGUGGGAAUAGUUGCAGGUCUUACCUAGGAUUACUCAAAAUGUCACUUAAGUCCAAAACUGGGAAUUGUCAUAAAGCUGAGAUGAUGACGUACGCUUUAGAGUUUCUGGUCUUUUGUGUUGUUGUUUAUCUUUACGGAUGGGACGCAGAACGUGCAGUAUUUCAGUAAAUUUAACCCUGGUGUUGUCUUCC